UACAUUAAUAAUUCUGAUAAAUUUAGAAAGUGAUAUCUCGCAACAAUAUUUUGUUGGAUGUUUUAAGAAAUUGUAAUUUACGGCCUCAAAAUUCAGUUCCAGUAUUUAUCGUGCUUUAUUUUCAUAGUGAUAAGUUUAUUAUUUUCGGUAUUUGCAUACGAAAUGGCUUGGUCUGGGAGAUUUCAUGCAAAAAACAAUCAUGAUCUUAUACAACAUCUUAAAUCAUCAAGAAUAAUUAAAUCUGAUAGAGUUUAUGAAGCAAUGUCUUCUGUAGAUAGAGGAAACUAUACUCGUUCUAGCUAUCCAUAUAUAGAUUCCCCACAGGGCAUUGGUUAUGGUGCAACUAUAAGUGCUCCUCAUAUGCAUGCAUAUGCUUUAGAAAUUCUUGAAGAUAAAUUAUGUGAUGGGGCUAGAGCAUUAGAUGUUGGUUCUGGUUCUGGGUAUUUAACAGCAUGCAUGGCAAUUAUGAUAGGGCCAAAUGGAUUAGCUAUAGGUAUGGAUCAUAUCCCUGAACUUGAAGCAUUUGCUAGAGAAAAUAUUCAAAAGGACAACCCAGAACUUCUUCGAAGUGGCCGUAUUCAGUUAGUUGUUGGAGAUGGAAGAUUAGGAUAUCCAGAAAAAGCACCAUAUGAUGCUAUUCAUGUAGGAGCUGCUGCUAAAGAAAUGCCACAAGCUUUAAUUGAUCAAUUAGCUCCUGGAGGACGUUUAGUGUUACCAGUGGGUCCAAGAAACUUAGAUCAAACAUUGGUACAGGUUGACAAAACAAUGGAUGGACAAAUCAAGCAAAAAUCUCUUACAGGUGUAGUUUUUGUUCCAUUAACUAGUAAAGAUAAACAAUAUCCUUCAUGAGAUACAUGUAUGCUCCAAUAAGAGAGCCACUUUUUUCUGUGAACUAAAUACAAACAAUAAAUAGUUUUAGUUCAUUGCU